AUAAGUGUCAUUAUCGAUUAUGUUUGCGGAAGAAGACAAUAAGAACAAAGGAGAAACCAGAUCGAGGCGACUGUGAUUACAAUAAAAGUCAUCAGCAAGUUUGAAUUGUCGAAGCUGUGUGCUGUUGCAUGAAAAACGAUCAAGGAUGGAGGAAAAAGAACCGAUCGCGUCUCAACCGCAGAGUGUUUCGUCUUGUGAUGGAAUUGUUAAAGGCAAAUGCGUACAGUUGCUUGAGAAUACUGAUCGUUUGAUAAUACAACGAAGGGUCCAGGACAGCGAAGCAUGGCACUCUCCGAACACAUAUUGUAUCGCAACUGACGAGAAGUCAUUGGACAAUCCUCUGUUGAUGGUUAAUGAGGAGGCUUCAAACAACAUGGUAUUGAAGGCGCUGUUCUGUUGUAAUCAGAGAGAAUGUGAUCUUCGAGUCACUGACUCAAGCGGAACAACAAUCAUGUGGUUGGAACACCCUAAAAACUGUAACUGGCCGAUCCUUUGUCCAUCCUGUACCCCCGGGAUGAUUGUACGCUCGUCCAGUGGAAGAAUACUCGGCUACGUCAAUCAUUCGCCAAGGGACACUUGUGGCAGCUGUUUACCCCCGUCUUUGUAUUAUGAUGUUCAUGAUUCAGAAAACCGUCAACUUUUGAAGAUCGAGGGUCCUGCAUGUAAAUUCGAGUGUUGCACUACUACGACUUUCAGGAUAUUUUCAUCCAAGUGGAAUUCAUACAUUGGGGAAAUAGGCCAUGAGUGGCAAGGAACUUGCGAUGGAAUUUUCAGUUGUUGUGUUUCUCCAGACACUGAUAAAACCACAAUGACUUUCCCACGUGAAAUGGGUGCUAAUGAAAAAGCUCUUCUUUUGGGAGCACUUGUUUUAGCUCAUUUAAACUAUUUUGAGCAAAUGUAAGAAGACUUUGACGAACAUAAAAAAAUAUGCAGGAAGAAUGUAUCAUAAUCGUACGAAUUGUUGGUCUAUUUCAUCUGAUUAAGAGUUUCCUUAAUCCAUUUGUAUAUACAGAGUGAACCAGAAAUAUUUUGGUUCGCGUAAAAUUGAUAAAGAAAAUUACGGUGAACCAAGAGAUGGAAUAACAAUUCCCGAUAAAAGUUGAUAUUCUGUGAUCCAAACAGUUUUUAUUGAGUACUACACAGAACUCUAACGCCCUGUUUUUUUCGUUCAUUUAUCCAAACGUGAUACAAUCUCAGCUUCCACUAACAGUUAUGUUUUGUACGAAUUUGAAAUAGCUACCUGAAUACCUUCAAUGUAUCUAUGCAAAAAAAUUUAGUGUAAGUCAGUUUUAACUGCUAAAUUUAGUGAAGGAAAAAUUCCUUUGCGAUAAAUGAAGUUUUCAAGUUUCUUAAGAUAAGAUAUACUUUGUGUCCCAAUUGUGCUGAACAUUUUGUAUUUGAUUUCACGAGGCUUUUCCCUGGAUACGAGGAUUGAGCCUGUAUUUGAUUAAAAUUGAUUAGAUUUUAUAUAUAUUUCAGAUUUAAAUUUAGCACGAUAGGUGUAUCAACGUUAUUUCUGUAAAGAUGCAAAUUUUUGGCACUUUUUAUCCCAUUGAGUUCUUACUUCAUACAUUAGAGCCUAAAACUAUUCCGAAACCUGUACUGCAAUACCAUGGAAACCAGGUAUCAAAAAUCAGCAGAUGAAUCGCUUGCAUAAUUCAAAACUGCGAUGUAUUACAGCUAAAAUAUGAUAAAUUUUUACUAAGGGAGAAAGUAUGUCAACCAAUCAGCAAGAUCAUUUUCAAGCUUUCCUCCUCUAGUGUUUUUAUCUCUAUACCCCUAGGUUUGCUAAGGUAGAGUUCUUUAAAGAAGUAAGCAACUCCGUUAAGCCAAAUUUUUGUUGUCCUUCCAUUGUGGUUUUAUAGCCUCUCUUGUAAAGUUAAUUCAAUUGAAUUUUAAUCAUAGUUCUUUCAGCUACGAUUGGAAAACUUAAAACCGUAAAUGUGGUCGUUUUUGUAAAUGAUUACAAUCUAGAAUAUGUGAUUUUUAAUCAAUAAAUACUGACUAUUUUUGUGAUUUUUGUAAAUUUAUUUAGAGAUUGUUUUUGCUGCUGAUUUUGUCCAUAUAUUUGUUUCGAUGUGAGACGAUGCGGCAACUAUAAGUCUUGUUAUGUAGAUGAUUAUGUUGAAUCCUAUUGUUUUGUAAUUUGCCAGAUCAAAAUAAAUUGAUUUACUGCUGGUGAAUCGUUCCGACGCUUUUCAAUA